AGAAUCGUUAGCAGAAUAUGAAAACAUAUUUAAACUUUUUACGCGGUUUGCUCUAGGUCAGUCCGAACAAAAUGAGGUCCUUGCUCAUAGUACUGGUUGUUGCUGUCGCAGUUUCCGUCGCUCGGACGCAGAAUGCAGGCGAAGAUUACGGUGCGGCGGAAUACGAACCGGAAAUAUACGAUCAGGGGGAGCAGGUUUAUCCGGCGCGCGGAUACGUUGGGCAUAAUACAAUUAUCUACGGACCGAACAGCUACGGACAAAAUAGCUACGGACAGAAUAGUAAUGGGCAAAACAGCUAUGGAAUGUAUGGUGAUGCGCAAGUGGAUUACGGGUGGCACGGCCAGGCACAAGUCGGCUACGGGUCCCCCUACGGCGGACCUUACGGUAUGGCGCAGCCAGGCUACGGAUCGUACGGUUUUGGUCCGGGUAGUUAUGGACCCAAUAACUAUGGACAGAACAAUUACGGCCAAAAUACCUAUGGGUAACAUGAUCACGACUGCUAAAGAAUUUUAAGCAUAUGAUGAACAGACCAAGUAAUGAAACACUCUACGAUUAACUAAAAAAAUUGUCUGUAUAUCCUAACUCCCUUAUUGAUCAUUAAAAUAAUAUAAGAAACCAUCUGAAAAUAAAGGCAAAAACUAUUGGUUCCAUGGUCGCCAUGUGAGUUCUAAA